CUGCGGCUCGCUUAGCGGUGCAGAAAAAACGUCUACUUGUAACGUCUGAUUUUUCUCUCACACGUUUAAGUCCAGUAAGGUUUUCUGCUCCAGUCCGCCGGGGUUUUUGGUUUCUCUUCACUCAGCCCCUCUCUGAUUCCUCAUGAGUGACGGGGAGUGUGACUUCUUCUGCUUCUUCCGCUGCUGCUGAGCAUUGCGAUUCCCCUCUGGGAUACACAGUCCAGUCUGGGGCAGAUAGGGCGGCUUGUAGGCAGAGCACAGCGUUUGAGUGGGUGCGCGAGUAGGCCCUGAGGGCUAUGUCUGUGGACAUGAGCAGCCAAGCUUCCGACAGUAAUGAGGAGGAUAUUGAGGAAGAGGAGAAUGAGGGUGCAGAAGAGGAGGAUCAGGGUGACAUGGCUUAUUAUUACGACGAUGUAGCUAACGAUGUGGAACAACAGGAGGCUGAAGCUUUUGAUCCAGAAGAAUACCAAUUCACAUGUUUGAGCUAUAGAGACAGCCAGAGACUGCUGACAGAAGAGGUCAACCUUGUAUCCAGUUCCCUGAAGUUGUCACCGGCUGUAGCCAAGCUGGUCCUUGUACAUUUUCACUGGCAAGUCUCACAAAUACUGGACAGACAUAAAUCCAACUCUACUCAGUUGCUUUGUGAGGCCCAUGUCCAGCCUACAAGCACCUGCCGAUCUAAUACAGUUGGAACAUCGUUGCAGUGCGGUGUGUGUCUGCAGUUUGUUCGAAGAGAUGCGUUGCUUUCCCUAGCAUGUCAGCACUCCUUCUGCAAAUCUUGCUGGGAGCAGCACUGCACUGUGCUAGUCAAAGAUGGCACAGGAGUGGGUAUCUCAUGCAUGGCACAGGACUGUUCUCUUCAGGUGCCUGAAGAUUUUGUUCUGCCUCUGCUUACCAGUGAGGAACUGAAGGAUAAAUACAGACGCUACCUCUUCAGGGACUAUGUAGAGAGUCACUUCCAGCUGCAGCUGUGUCCUGGUGCAGAUUGUCCCAUAGUGAUAAAGGUGCAAGAGCCCCGAGCUCGCAGAGUUAAAUGCAGUCGCUGCAAUGAAGUAUUUUGUUUUAAAUGCAGACAGAUGUACCACGCCCCCACAGACUGCGCUACCAUACGCAAGUGGCUCACUAAAUGUGCCGAUGAUUCAGAAACAGCCAACUACAUCAGCGCACACACUAAAGAUUGUCCAAAAUGCAAUAUCUGCAUUGAGAAAAAUGGGGGCUGCAACCACAUGCAAUGUUCCAAGUGUAAACACGAUUUCUGUUGGAUGUGUUUGGGAGACUGGAAAACACACGGCAGCGAGUAUUACGAAUGCAGUCGCUAUAAAGAGAAUCCCGACAUCGUCAACCAGAGCCAACAAGCGCAGGCUCGAGAGGCCCUGAAAAAAUACCUCUUCUACUUUGAAAGGUGGGAAAACCACAAUAAGAGUUUGCAGCUGGAGGCUCAGACGUAUCAGCGCAUCCAGGAGAAGAUUCACGAGAGAGUAAUGAACAACCUGGGUACAUGGAUCGACUGGCAGUACAUGCAGAAUGCUGCCAAGCUACUGGCCAAGUGCCGCUACACACUGCAGUAUACUUACCCCUACGCCUACUACAUGGAGUCUGGACCCCGCAAAAAACUGUUUGAGUACCAGCAAGCACAGCUGGAAGCAGAGAUCGAGAACCUAUCAUGGAAGGUGGAAAGGGCAGACAGCUAUGAAAGAGGCGAGGGAGAGCUCAAUGCCACCGACAGAGGGGAUUUGGAAAAUCAAAUGCACAUCGCUGAGCAGAAGAGACGCACACUGCUGAAGGAUUUUCACGACACCUGAACAUCCAUCCGACUCAUCGGCAGCAGUUUCUUUUCUCUCUCGUCAUCCCUAAGUCUCUCUGCAUCCGUCCCUCUAUCCAAAGAUCCCCUUGCCCCACCCUUCACUGACUGGUUCUUUUGUGCUGUUUCUUAUCUCUUCACAUCUAUCUCUUUUUCUGCAUCAGUCAGAUGCAUUUUCACCAGUGUUUGCCCCCUUUUUGCUUAUCCGAUUACUUUGCAUUCUUUUUUUUCCUUAUCUGUUUCUCAGCUGCAGGAUUUCAGAGUAGCACUAUCAAAUCCUGGCUCACACAUGACUCUUAAAUCUUCAUUUCAGCUGACAUCACACACACCACAAGCCUCUUUCACAAAUGCACAGCUACUGGUAUUAGCAGGCAGUGUAUUCUGUAUGAUAUUUGUGUGAAAGCACCCUGAAUCUAAGAUAUUAAAUACAAUUGCCGGAUAAAUACCGUCAGUAGAUCACCAGGUAGAAUAAAUACUAACAGGAUUGAUUGAAACACAGUAAUGAGACAGCAGGAUGACAUAUUAAAAUCAUUUUUUGGGAGGAGUAAGUUUCACUGAUGUGUAUCUGCUUAUUAUUUUUACAGUAUUGUUACAGCUGGGUGUUUGUAAUAAUUAUGACACUGCACCACGUUAAGCUGGACAAUACAGACACGACAUGCAGUUACAACUUAACUUUGUAGAAACAGAAUUUACUCCUGAAAUGGCUUUUUAAUUUUAAUCCCCUGUUUUAAAAUCAGCCAGGUUUUGUUUGUUGAAGACAUUACACUAUGUCCUUAUGUCUUACCUGUGAUUUAUUUUACAGCUUGUUUAACAAAACGAUGCAGUAAUGGUAAUCCUCUCAGAUAUGUCAAACACUUUUUCUUAAUCUAUGUAUGAAAUAAAAUUAAAAUCAUGAAGUUACUCUAAUAAUAUGUUUACCCACUCAUAAACAAAUCCUGAACAGGAGAAAUAUCUCUAAAUUAAAAUGAUUAGGAAAUAUAAAGUUGGCAGCGACUCAGUAAGGAUUUGUAGUGAUAAAUCACUCACUCACUCACUUUCUUAACUGCUUAUCCAAUUAGGGUCGCGGGGGGCUGCUGGAACCUAUCGCAGCUUUUCAAUGGGCGCAAGGCACACAGUAACACCCUGGACGGGCGCCAGUCCAUAGCAGGGCAGACACACACAUACACACACCCAUUCACCUAUAGGGCAAUUUAAUGUUUCCACUUAUUCUGACUGCAUGUUUUUAGACAGUGGGAGGAAACCCAUGCAGACAUGGGGAGAACAUGCAAACUCCGCACAGAAAGGACCCGGACCGCCCUGCCUGGGGAUCGAACCCAGGACCUUCUUGCUGUGAGGUGACAGUGCUAGUGAUAAGUCAUUAAUAAAUAAAUCAGGAUUGAGUCAGUUUGUUAGUGUGCUGUUAUGCAGGGUAAAGACACAUCUGAUAACUAAUGAAAGCAUUUUAAACAUUUUCACCCAAUCCAGUGUGUGUAGGAUGGUUAUACGUCUCAGUGAAUUUGGGUUGUAUAACUGGCACAGUUAUGUCAUUACUGGUAAACGUAACUUGGUAUUUAAACAUAUUUUGAUUGUGAAAGGGGCUUUACACAUGCAGUUUAAAAACACUCCUUUGAAACUAGGAUUAACUGCUGCUUUUUCUUCCCCAGUAAUCAUUCUAUUUCUUUCUUUUCUUUCUUUCAUUUGUCUCUACUUUGAAUUCUUUUUUCUGGAAAAUUGCUGUUGAUAGUUAGCUUGUUUAAAACUAAAAAUGCUGUAAUUUUCAAUGGUUGUACAUUAAUACAGAAAUAGAGUUACUGAGAAGAUUUUUAAACCAAAUGCUGGGUCCUGUGUUCCUUACACAUGCACGUUCCACGUGAUAGUUUUUAAUCAUUUACAAAUAAAGUCAAAACAAUGUUAACCCA